AUGGUGCUGUACGAACCAAGCGAGAGGCAGGACACGGUCUUCAGCACGAUCGAACGUGUCUGCUCGGUAUUCUCUCUCUUUGGAUGCAUUUUUAUCAUCUCAACAUUUGCACUCUCCAAGCCAUUCCGGAAGCCAAUCACUCGGCUCUUUUUCUACGCAUCAUUUGGCAACGUGAUGAACAGUGUGGCGACACUUAUGGCGACGUCAUACGUGAACAAUCCGAACUCAGCAGCCUGCCAAUUCCAAGGGUUUUUAAUCCAAAUGUUUAUUCCGGCCGAUGCGUUCUGGUCACUCGCUAUGGCGGUCAAUGUCUAUCUGACAUUCUACCGGAAAUACGACGCGCACGAUCUGAGAAGAAUGGAAUUGACUUACCUGAUCCUCUGCUACGGUGCACCAUUUGUUGUGGCUUUUACCUUUAUCUUUGUCUCCACUCCAAGCAAGGGCCGGAUGUAUGGUGAUGCUUCCCUUUGGUGCUGGGUCAGUAGCCCAUGGGAUAUCUGGCGCAUCGCUACAUUUUAUGGUCCAGUCUGGGUAGCAAUAUUUAUCACGUUCUUUAUUUACAUCCGGACCGGUGGACAAAUCUACCACAGGUACAAGGCUCUCAAAUCCCUGAACUCAUCUAAUCGCCUGGCCGAACAGCGGUAUCUCACGGACCCGAUCUCUACCACAACAAACGAAAUCUAUGUAACGUCUGAAAUCGUCGCGAGUUUUGGUCCCGCCGAAGGGUCUAAUGGGUUACCUGCCCCGCCACCAGACGCCUACUCUGUCACCAUCACAUCUGAAGCACGACAGCCGCGGGCUCCCCGUUGUCACCCGUGUCUCAGCUAUCGACCACAUCGUUUACAAGGCACUCAUUACGUGACACAAUGGGGCCACCGCCGGGUAGCCGCUCUCGACGAGGCCAACAACGCCGCCUGGUCAUACGCCAGGUGUGCUUUGCUCUUCUUCACAGCACUGCUCAUCACAUGGAUCCCAUCGACAGUGUUUCGUGUCUAUACCGUCAUAAACAAGAACCAGCCCAUCAGUCUCGGGCUCGAGUACACGUCUGCAUUUGUCCUGCCACUGCAGGGCUUUUGGAACGGCUUCAUUUAUGCCUUCGCAACCCGAAGAGCAUGCAAGAGGCUCUUUGAGAAAGCGAAGAGGCGAUUCCCUCUAAAGACCCCUCUAGCCAUGUCGAGCGACAGCCGAGGAGACAGGGUGAUCGAGGCUGGGGUGGCUGCGGAUGGUAUCAUCAGCAGGUCAUGCCCGAGCCCAGUCAGGCAGCCCUCAAAGCAACGAAAUAGCUUCAUGAUGGGAUUUGUAUCAGCGGGCAGGAGGUUGGAUCUGGAUCUUUUCAACGAUGAUGUUAAUGGGUAG